GCGCGACGGGUGCCCGCGUGCUGUUAUGGGAAACCCCAGCGGAAAAUAGGCUCAGGUCUGAAAGUGGCGUGAAUUUUGUGAAGUCACGCUCAAUGUGACACCACACAACAACUUGUGGACGAUGGCAGAUCAGAAGGGCGACGACGCCAUCAGGAAGCAAGGCGCGGCCCUGCGUUCCUAUUUUCCGCUGGCGAUGGCAGGGGAGAACGUAUGGAAACUGGCCGUUGACUUUUUCGAUAAAUGGGAGACUAGUAGAUUGCUUGGCCACGAUGGCGCAAAGUGGAUCAUGCGGAAGAAGAAGGUCAAAAAUGUGAAGCCCGGGGUCGCCUACGUCGAGAACGACAAGACGGGCAUGAAAGAGGUCGUGUACAACGUCCCUAUGGACCCGCCGACAAAGAAGGGCAAAAAGGAGAAAGAGGAGGGCGACUGGUUCGUGCAAGUGCCUGAGCCAGACGCACAUUGUUGGAAAGCGAUGGAGUCGCUGACCGACAACGAGAAGUGCCGCGUCCUGAAGAAGGUUCUCGCUUGCGAGGUGGUUUGGGUCCAGGCCGGCUCUGCGGCGUUGGCGAAGCUCGGGAAGCUGAGCGUCCAGGACAUGGUUCAUUUGGUGAAGUGCGACCGGGUGCUGGUGCGUCUAUGGAACUACUACCAGUUCAAGCACGAGAAGAGGCCGGACGCGAAUUGGAGCCAGAGGUGCCCGUUCCUGAAAACAAGGUCCGCAAUUUUCAAACAGUUUGAGAGUCGUGGUUUGGAUGCAGAUUUGUGGGACGGGAGCAGGAAAUACGUCAUCGACUCCUCGUUGUUCAAGGACUACCCGCCUUACAUGGGCUGCGACGACGACCAAUCCAUCGAGGCGACGAAGAAGUUGGCCGGUCACAAGAAGCUGUCCAUCGACUGGAGGAAUAAGGUCCUGUCCGUUUUGACUGGCAGUAGACUGAAGAGUUGCGAGAUCGCACUUGCCGAAGGAAUUGCGCACAUAAAAUGGAAAGACACGGGCGACGUGAUAUCCAUCGCGUCAUUCGGCAACGACCCCUUGGAGGCAAACAUAAGGUGUGCGGAGGUGAAGGAGGCGGUGGUUGCCACAAAGAGUCACACGUUCGUCCUCGAUCUCUGCGAACCGGUGGACCUCAAGCUGUGGAAACCGCAAGCGUUCGACACUGUGGAUUCCCAGCUUCAGACAUGGUGUCCGUCGCAUUGGACGCUCGUCGUUUUCGUCCCGAGGCAGCGGAACCUCUCGUUUCUGGCCAGCAUGAACCACCUUUCUUUCGUGAAGAUGCAAGAAGGGAAGUGGGUGAGGAAGAGCGUCGAUUUGCGUGCUAACACGCCCGUCGUCUACGAGGGGAAACUGCCGCCUGCCGCCGAUGCUGUAGUGCGGCUGCCGCAGAAGGUUACGCAAACGGAUGUGUCCGACAUCCCGUUCAACCCUUGCGAUUGGUCGCAUGUCUCGCCUACGCGUCGGGGCAGUCUGUACGGGGACAUGGAACGCAACCCCACGCAAUUCAUUAAUCUUCUCGAGUCCGUCACCAAGAAGGUGGAGGGUGUAUGCUUCCUCGAGAAGCCACACGCGCGAUCCGUGUGCGAACUGGUGAAGGCAGGACGACACGUCAUCGCAAUGGAAGGGAACUCCGAGCUCUUGCAAUUUACAAUUGAUCUCGUCAAGAGCGAGGUCAAUUCAGGUGCCCACAUUUGCGGGUUCAUGGUCAUCAACGAGUCUCACCCUCGCGCGUGGAACAUCAAGACGGACAUGUGGUUCAAGUUGAGUGCGAGGAAGCGGAACAAGAUAUACGACUUCUUGUUCUUGCAAACGCAGUCCAAGAGAGACACUGACGCCGAGUAUGUGCACCGCAAGGAUCACAUGUUCACGCUGCUCGACAACUACCACGGCGUCUCCCGCAUGAACGCAAAGACCUUCCUCAAGAGGUUGCAGUCCCUGUACUUCGUGGAGUCGGAGGAGGAGUUGACGACCGCGAACGAGGAGGGCAGCGACACCGAAAGUCUCGACCUGCAGUACGACCAGCAUCCCGGGCAGCACACAACAGGGUCGUCCUUCGCAGGUCCGUCAACAAGCCCGACAUCCCUCGUGUCACCGAUGGCGAAAGCGGCGCCUGGCACUACCCCGAUGGAGUUGCUGCUGCCUGAGCCUCAAAGUCGUUCCACGGAGGCGGACUUGGGCCAUGACAUGAUUUGGCAUCCAGGAGUCAUCCAGCCGGCGAUUCAAAAGGGUGAGUGGAUCGUGGCCGUCGCUGUCCUGGACGAAGGAUGGGUGCCCCUCCCUCGCGGGUCGAAGUCUGACUUCCUCGACGUCGCUAGAAUUGCGGUCCUCCAGAAAGUGAGGGCGGAGAAUGACUCUUUCGCACCCGAAGACAUGUCCGUCAUUUCCACAGUUGGGCGAUUGUUCGCCGAACUUCAGGACAAGUGCUGGUUGGAGUUGACGGAGGACUACUAUGACCUCGAUACGAGCCCCUCGAAGGGAAGGGUGGACUUGAAAAUCCCCCCUCCCAAUGGGACGCAUGUAAGUACAUGGUCCCGGGGACCGGACAGUGGGGAGAACGAGGGCGACGAGGCUGGUGGCGGCAAAGGAGUCCCACCUGGCUCGGACAGCGGGUCUCAGGGCGACACAACGACAGUGGAAGGCAGCAGUUGGGUGGCGGAGAAGGCCUUCGGGCGUCAGCAGUCUACCGGUCCCGGUCCGGCAAGCUCGGCACAGUCAGAGAGACGUGCCCACUUCAUCCGCCGGCUCGGCGAUGGCGUCCUUGGUUGCUCUCCGUGCCGGCUCGGUCGAAACGUUCAAGUCCGCCGGGAUCCGAACUUCAAUGCUUGCAGAGCGGACGAAGAGGACGCACGCGCAGAGCUUGUCGGGAGCGGGGCGGGAAGGGCUGCGUGCGGCGAGCGGGACGGGCAUUCCUCAGAAUUCGACACGGGUUCGGGCCAAGUGGCUGGAUUGAACUCACGAGACGAAGGCAGGGUGAUGGACAAAGAGAAGGAAGGGGAGGAAGGAGACAAAGGGGAGGAAUUGGAGGAAAGAGGGGAGGAAGGGGAGGAAGAAGAGGAUGAAGGGGAGGAAGGCGAGGAAGGGGAAGAAACAAAGUUGGCUGGGUUGCUAGGAGGGAAUGAUGGGGAAAAAGGUGAACUCGAUACUGGAGACGACGAACGGACGUUCGGCGACGACGAUGACAGAUCUGGAGAGUCGUCUGACGGAUUCGGGCAGCUGUACGGAGAACAUCAGGAGGAGGACAACGACGAGGAUGACACGGCACUGGGUAUGGAGACACAGGUGGUCACAAGCCUUUCUGCAGAACGUGAUGACUAUGAGGUCGAAGGAAUGACGUCUGCCAUCGAUCUCCAACAACGGUUCAACGACUCUAGUGUUGCGGUCAGCCUGAAUAAACCGAGUGUGCGUAUUGACAUCGAAGAAGUUAUCGACGACAUCCUAGGUGACCACCACAUGUCCGCGCAGCCGUCCUCUAUGCCUGGUGUCGACGACCCUCUCGACGUCAAACCUUCCGGGGGAUUUGUUGUGGCUUUGUCGCCAACGAACUCUCAGAUGCUGCCUCUGACCAUCACCAGCGGAGGAGAAGGCGAGAUCGGGGGACGACAAGACGUCACAUCCCCGAAAAAAACUGCAGUCGGCACUCGAGCUCUCGACGUGCUGGCCUUGCCCGUGCCAACUUCGCCGAUUACGGAGCGAAGAGACAAACCAGCUGGUAAGUAGUGACAAACGCCACUCUAUCUGUGCGUCAGUGACCGUAGUGUCUGUCGAUGCGGGGAGUUCCUGAUGCCGGCAUGCU